UCGAGUGCGUACCGUGUAAAGCGUGUGUUCACCAAUACGCUCGCCACCGCACCGGGGCUCGAAUUUUCGCGACAAGUGCGCGCGAACCUCAGAGCCCGCGUGGGUGGGCGCAUCAAUCGCAUAAAUCAGCCGCGGCUACCCUUCCAUUUGCACUGCGAUAAAUCAAAUUGAUUGUUGCAAAUUUUCAAUUUACUAGGAAGUAACCAUCACAAUCUGCGAUAAGGCGCAUCCGCCCACCGCCGACCCCCGCCGCUCAAAGCGACACCCAGUGAAGUUUACAUCCAUUAAAAUCAAAGUUAAUCCAAAUAGGCAAAGUCGCAAAGGAGAAUAAAGGAUAAUUGACAAAGCGGAGUUUAGUGCGCGGGACGAUAAAGGAUAAUUUGUGCGAUAACAUAAUAGUUAUGUGACUUCUGAUAAACGCAUUGAUAAACUUGUGUGUUUCAUCAAAUUUACCGAGUGAAUUAAAUUGAAUUUUAAAAAUAUUAUCGACUGGAUAACAUUUUGUGAGGCUAGUAUCUUCAAAAAGUGUGAUUUGUGCGAAAUUACAAAUUAAAGUUGAAUUGCGUGUCGGAUUUGAACUUUUUUCGGGGAAUACACAUUGCGUUCUGGCUGGACUGGAGCUGCCUAAAAAAAUCGCUGUUAAUCUGAUUAACUUGUAAUCAGCAAAUUUUCAACCGACCGGAAAGGUAAAUUUGAAAAAUUCCACCGCCCAGACACAUUUAUCGCCCCGCUGGGUGCGAUUCGACGGUAUCAAAGGUUAAUCAACGUUUAAUCCACGCGUCGCCUGCUAAAAAAUGAUUGCCGCUCAGGAUUAUUUGGAUAUGUGAUCUUCUAAACGUUAUUAAAUCAACGAAAAUAAAGAUGGCCAUUCGAGCAAUGGAGUAUUGGCGUUUUGUAUUCCUCCUGUGGAUACCGCCAAUCAUGCUUACAACUUCCAUGGAUAUUAGAAAACGAGAUAUGCAAAAAUACUCCGAAUGGCGUCAACUGUGGUACCCAAACUUCGGGGAAGAUUAUGCCAAGGCGGAAAAUUCUUUGGGUGGGGAAACGAAUAACACUGUUUCGAAUGUCACGGUACAAUUAGGCGCUACGGCUUACUUGCACUGCCAUGUCAGGAAUACUAAUGAUCGAACGCUGGCUGGAACAGAGCAAAUAUCGUGGGUGCGCCGCCGCGAUUGGCACAUCCUGUCGUCCGGCAUGUAUCCCUACACCAACGACGAGCGAUUCCAGGUCCUGCACGCCGAGGGCGCGGAUGACUGGACCUUGCAGAUCAAGUACGUGCAGAAGCGGGACAACGGCACCUACGAAUGCCAGGUUUCCAGCAGCGCAGGCAUGGUGUCCCACUUUGUCAAUCUAAAGAUUGUCAUCCCGGAAGCAACAAUACAAGGCUCCGGAAGCGGAGAACAUCACGUAGAUAUAGGCAGCGUUAUUGAUUUAGUGUGUAUCAUAGAAAAGAGCCCCACGCCACCGCAGUACGUGUUCUGGUAUCACAAUGAUCACAUGAUAAAUUACGACACUGCCAGGGGCGGCAUAUCCGUGGAGACGGUGCCCGGCGCGCGUACACAGAGUCGUCUUACCAUUCGAGAUACUAACGACGCAGACUCCGGUAACUACACCUGCUCAGCGAGCAACACUGAGCCGGCUUCCAUCUUUGUUUUUGUGUCCGAAGGAGAUAACGUCGACGCCAUAUUAAUGAGAAAAUCAUCGUGCGCCAUGUGCAUAGCCAGCCAACUCUUCUUACUUUUAUCAGCGAGCCUGGCUGCAGCUCUGCGAUAGAAACAACUACAUGUGUAAAACGUGGA